AUGGACACCUGCGAGGGACCACCCAUUGUGUCCUUGGUACCCACGUAUCCCAAGGAGAAGAUGUCAGCCCAGGAGAGUUGCCUCAGCCUCAUCAAGUACUUCCUCUUCGUUUUCAACCUCUUCUUCUUUGUACUAGGAAGCCUGUUUUUCUGCUUUGGCAUCUGGGUCCUCAUUGACAAGACCAGCUUUGCAUUCUUUAUGGGCUUGUCCUUCAUGCCACUGCAGACCUGGGCCAAGGUCCUGGCAGUCUCCGGUGUCCUCACCAUGACCCUGGCCCUCCUGGGUUGUUUGGGGGCUCUGAAGGAACUGCGCUGUCUUCUGGGCCUGUACUUUGGAAUGCUGCUGCUCCUCUUUGCCACACAGAUCACCAUAGGGAUCCUCAUCUACACUCAGCGGACCCGGCUGGAACGAAGGGUGCAAGAGCUGGUGCUGCAGACGAUCCAAGGUUACGGCGCCAACCUGGGUGAUACAGCGGCUGAAGAGAACUGGGAUUACACGCAGUUCCAGCUGCGCUGCUGCGGCUGGCACUCUCCCCGGGACUGGAUCAGCGCCCGCAUGCUGAAAGGGAACGAGUCUGAGGGGCCCUUGGUGCCCUGCUCCUGCUACAAUUCCACGGCGACCAAUGACUCCUCAAGCUAUGAUAAGCUCCUCUCCCAGAACUUGGGGACCGCUGACCUAUGCACUCUUCCCGCAAAAGCCCCCUACUACCGCGAGGGUUGCGCACAGAGCCUCCGGAAGUGGCUGCACAACAAUCUCAUCUCCAUAGUGGCUAUCUGCCUGGGAGCUGGUCUUCUUGAGCUCAGCUUCAUGACGCUCUCAAUAUUCCUGUGUAGAAAUCUGGACCACGUGUAUGACCGGCUGGCCCGGUACCGCUAGGCCUGGCCCGUCGCAUCGGCGCCCACACCUCCACGCAGCCAGGAAAUGUUUCCUUCCUGGCUGGUCUUAGGGCUAGUGCCUUGGGACUCAGUCCCUGGGGAUCCAGGUGU